AUGUCCAACGAAAACAAGCCUCUUCCUUUCGUCUAUCAGUUCGGCGCCGGUGCCAUUGCCGGUGUCUCUGAGAUCUUGGUCAUGUACCCUCUCGAUGUCGUCAAGACUAGGGUUCAGCUCCAGACCAGCGCCGCUGGCGCCGACGCCUACACCGGCAUGCUCGACUGCUUCAAGAAGAUCAUCAAGACUGAGGGUGCCUCGCGUCUCUACCGUGGUAUCGCCGCCCCCAUCCUGAUGGAGGCUCCCAAGCGUGCCACCAAGUUCGCCGCCAACGACGAGUGGGGAAAGAUCUACCGCAACCUCUUCGCCAUGGACAAGAUGACCCAGCCCCUCUCCAUCCUUACUGGCGCCAGCGCCGGUGCCACCGAAUCCUUCGUCGUCGUGCCUUUUGAGCUUGUCAAGAUCCGACUCCAAGACAAGGCCUCCGCCGGCAAGUACAACGGAAUGAUGGAUGUUGUCCGCAAGACCAUCCAGAACGAGGGUCUCCUCGCCAUGUACAACGGUCUCGAGUCUACUCUCUGGAGGCACAUCACCUGGAACGCCGGUUACUUUGGCUGCAUCUUCCAGGUCAGGCAGCUUCUCCCCAAGGCUAGCGACAAGUCCGGCCAGCUCACCAACGACUUGAUCUCCGGUACCGUAGGUGGUACCGUCGGUACCAUCCUCAACACCCCCAUGGACGUUGUCAAGUCCCGCAUUCAGAACACCAUCAAGGUCCCCGGUCAGAUCCCCAAGUACAACUGGGCCUGGCCCGCUCUCUUCACCGUCGCCAGGGAGGAGGGCUUCGGCGCUCUUUACAAGGGCUUCAUCCCCAAGGUUCUCCGACUCGGACCCGGUGGUGGUAUUCUUCUCGUCGUCUUCACCGGCGUCAUGGACUUCUUCCGCACCAUGAAGUACGGACCCGACGCGUAA